AUGGACCAGGGAAGCCAUCACAUAGAUAUUCAGCUUUUGCACGACCUGCGACAACGGUUUCCCCAAGUCCCGGAGGGUGUGGUCUCUCAGUGCCUUUUGCAGAAUAACAAUAACUUGGAUGCAUGUUAUGCUCACCUGUCCCAACUGAGUCCAGGAAGACAGGACAGCGUUUCGGAAGAUUCCUCUUUCACGCUAUUCCAAAAUCACAUGACCCAGCUGAAUCUGGGUGUGCAGUGUCAGAAUGUAUCUGAUGGCUUGAGGAUGAACGGUAGCCAGACAUUGGCCCACAGCCUGAGUGACGGGCCCUUCCAGGCUGCACUGGCCCCUAACAGCCAGUCUUUUGACCAGAAUUCUCAGUCUGCUUUGCCACAGACCCCUUCCAGCCUAACAGUGUUCGGUGUAAUGGAACCACCCCGAAAGCCGCAGCCGCCCCAGCACUUGGGACUUUACCCUAUGGGGGUCAAAGGAACUCCUCGCUUCAAUCCCAUCACAGUAACUUUGGCACCAAACAUUCAGAGCGGCCGCAAUACGCCCACAUCUUUGCACAUUCACGGGGGGUCACAGGCUGGGCUCGGGAGUCCCCAAGGCAACUCCAUCUACAUCCGGCCGUACGUGAGUCAGUCGGCGAGUAUUCGGGCCGUUCCUCCAAGUGCACGGGGCCAGUACAGCCCCACCUCCCAGCCGCCCCAGCAGAUGCCUUCCUUAUCCAGGGCUGUUACUCAGAGCUCACAGGGCCAUCAGACCUCACAUGUCUACAUGCCCAUCAGCUCGCCCACCACCCCUCAGGCUCCCUUCAUGGGGCCUUUCGGGAGCCAGGGCUCGUCCUCAGGUGUGUCGUCGUGCUCGUCCACCUCCUCUGUGCCUGUCAGUCAGUAUAAUAUUCAGAACAUCUCUACAGGACCUCGCAAAAAUCAGAUUGAAAUUAAGCUAGAAUCUCCCCAGAGGACCAGCUCUUCCAGCACGGCUGUGCUCAGGACGCCUUGCCCCAACUCCACUUCUGCGCCUUCUGCUCCUUUGAGCAUGGGGGGCCGAGGCCAGCCCACCCUCUGUAUCUCCGCCAGUCCCCCCACUGCUAUUGGGGUCCCUGCCACCAUUGGGGCUGCCCUGACCCAUGGCAACUCGCGCUCCCAAUCUCGUUUUUGUAUCUCGGCUAAUGCUGCAGCAGAUAGUGGUCUGGGAGGUGCCCCCACUGUUUGCAUUUCUGCUGGGCCUCCAGGGGUUCCAGGCUCCAGGAGUAUGGGGGGUCAGGUGAGCAUGGGCCCGUCAUAUAUUCAUCAUCAUCCACCCAAGUGCCGCAGCUCUGUGGGAGGAAACACUACAUCGUCUCCUCGUGUGGUGGUCACUCAGCCCAACACCAAGUACACUUUUAAGAUUACAGUAUCCCCUAAUAAACCCCCGGCCGUUUCUCCUGGAGUCAAGUCUCCCACCUUUGAACCCAACAACCUCUUCAGCCUCCCAGCGGACCACCAGUUUGCUGAGCCGGAUCCUCUUCACCUGUCGGACCCUCUGUCCUUGACACACGAGAGGCAGAACGAGCCUCGAAGGCUCAGCAUGGGCUCUGAUGAUGCUGCGUAUACUCAAGCGUUGUUGGUGCACCAGAAAGCUAGAAUGGACCGACUGUGGCACGAGCUGGAGUUGAAGAAGAAAAAACUGGAGAAACUAAAGGAGGAAGUGAAUGAGAUGGAGAACGACCUCAGCAGACGGAGACUGGAGCGCUCCAGCUCCUCCCAGGUCCCUUCGAUCGAGGAAAUGAAGCAGUUGAGAUGUAAAAACAGGCUCCUGCAGAUUGACAUCGACUGUCUCACCAAAGAAAUCGAUUUGCUUCAAACAAAAGGGUCUAACCUCAAUCCCAGUGCAAUUCAUAACUUUUAUGACAACCUUGGAUUUGUGGGACCUGUUCCACCCAGACCUAAAGGUACUUUUUCUGAGGGCGGUAUGAGCCUGAAAGCCUCCACUGAAGAGGACGAGGCCCAGUGGAGCUGUACGGCCUGCACCUUCCUCAAUCAUCCAGCCCUGGACCGCUGCGAACAAUGCGAAUUCCCACGACACUUCUGA